AUGCAAGUGUGGAGCCUCGCCCGAGGCACGGGGACCCGAAUUUUUCGUCGUGAGCUGAGUGAAUUGCAAAAGGAAGCACUCCUUACUACCACGGAUGCACAAGAUGAUGCCAAAGAGGUCCAGUUCGCCAGGGGGAUAGCUCAGGCCUCAUUAGAUCAAAGGGGCCCAAUUCUUUUUUGCGGCACUGACACCGGUUCGGUUCAUGGAGUUGAGUAUAGACAAACAAAGUCAGGUGGAAUCACUCGCAUUUGUACGAUGACCGAUUUGACUCACCCGGUUGUCUGCCUUGCUGGAGACCGUAGGGAGUCAGACCUUCUUGCAGGGUCAGACCAAGCUGGCAACUUGACAGUCUGGUCGGUUAGAGAGGAGCCCGAGAGCGAUGGUAGUACCAAACUGCAGUGUUGUGUCUCGACUGCAUACACGUAUCAUAUGAAAGACGAUUUCUUCACGUCACUUGGUGUGAGGGAUAAAGUCGUCAUUGGGGGACACGGGUCUGGAUGCAUAACAUUUCACGAUACCGAGCAUAAAGCUGUUUUAGCAUCUGUGGUGACAAACACGAAGGCCAUUACAAGCAUUGACGUGUACGAAGAUCGGAAUCUAUUGCUUGUUGCCGGAGAAGACGGGCGGGUGACCACGCUGGGGUUUUCAGCAAAGCAGGGCUUUAAGCCUGUUGUACAUUUUUCGGUCGCUUUCGAAUCUAUCAUCAUUGGGUGCGCCUUCUCCAACCUGGAAGGAGGGCUUCCUAGAAUCGCUAUGCUCACGUGGGAAACAUGUAAUCUCAAGCAGUUUGAGUACAAGCGAUCAAAGAGUAAGAAAAUGCAACAUGACAGUGCAGUCGGCGGAACACGGUCAAUCAGCAGUUACUCCUGUGUUGUAGAUGACAUGUUCAGCCCUGUUGCAAAGAGCAAAGCUGCUGGUCUCUCUGGAGGGGAACUGGAAGAGGAACGGAACUGA